GCUCUCUAAACUUCAGAAAGAAGAGCACUUCAACUAUGAAAGUGUUUUGACAGCAACAAAAACACAAGUUUAUUCUUGUUAUUUUCUUUAACACUGGAGAUCGAAUCUUCGAUUGAAGUCAAUCAUAAUUGUGUUAUUGUUAUGGCAAAAACAAACAUAGAAAGUUACUGGCGAUGCUUCAGGGGCAUAAGUUUUGUUUUCCUUAUAUUUUAUUCCACCUACUUUGGAACGAUCUUUUUAUUGACACCGAUCCUCCCAUUAUUUUUCAUCGCACCGGUGUAUACAAAAAGUGUUACUGACAAGAUUAUAUGGGCAUGGAAACUAUAUUGUGUGUCCAUUUAUGAAGUAAUUUUCCAGACCAAGGUUAGCAUUUAUGGCAGAGUUCCAAGUAACGAAGCAUCUAAUCUUAUGAUUAUGAAUCACCGUACAAGAUUUGAUUGGCUGUACCUGUUUUCAUACCAAGUCAGGCAUGCAUCAACCAGACGCUAUACUAUCAGCUUGAAAAAUGGACUGAAAUAUCUUCCAGGAAUAGGUUGGGCUAUGCAGAUCGCUGGUUUUAUAUUUCUGGACAGGAAGUGGGAGGACGAUCAGAGAACCAUAUCAAAAUGUCUUGGUGUGUACAAACAUAUUGAUUAUAGACCUCAGAUUUUGCUGUUUCCAGAAGGUACAGACUUGACGGCAAAUACAAAAAAGCGUAGUGACGCACACGCUGAAAAGAAUAACCUACCAAAGUAUAACUAUGUGCUUCAUCCACGGACGACGGGUUUUACCCAUAUUGUACAGUCAAUGAAGAAAGAUGAAAUAUUGGACUGUGUCACAGAUAUCACCAUAGCAUAUCCAAAAACCAUUCCCCAAAAUGAAAUGGAUAUAAUUAAGGGAAAUUUCCCAUCAGAGAUCCAUUUUCUGAUAGACUGGUUUCCAAAUAAAGAAAUCCCCACCCACAAAGACGAUCUGGAUAAUUGGUGUAAAGAAAAAUGGAGUCAGAAAGAGGCGGUCCUUAAAGAAUUUUACGAAAAGAAAUCUUUUGACGGCACAGGGCAGGAGGCUCUUCGAUCUAAUGAAAGUUUAAUUGGGGCUUUAUUUAUGUAUAGCUGGGUAGCAUGGUCAACUUGGCAUGUAUUUGUUACCUAUGUCCUGUGGAGUUACCCAUUAGCAUGGGUGUAUGUAGCUUUAUGUACUGUGUUUUAUUUUUGCGUAUCAAAAUACACGCAAGGGUUCAACAUUCUUAUAGCUAAAGCAAUGAAUAUCCAAUAAGGAUAUAAAAAUACGGUACAAACAUGUCUGUGAAUUCUUUAUCUUUUUCUAAGUCAUUCAUGAAUUUGUUGUCAGUUUUUACAUAUUUUUGUGAUGGUCUAACGUAUAUUAUAGUGAUAGCCUAAUGUCUUAUUAAGUAUUUAGGUAUAUAUAUAUAUUAUCAUGUAUAUAUAUAUGAUAUGUAAAAUAUUUAUUCUUAUACAUUUGUACAUGUAUGCAUCCCUUUGUAUUGUCUUGAUCUCAUAGCAUUUAAUAAACGAUGUACUUAUGUACAUGUAGAUGCCCAGUAUGAAUAAAGUAGGAUGCUGGGUUUUUAUCAAAUAUUGUAUGUAUAUACAUGUAUUGAAUGUAUAUACAUACAUAGAUAGAGCCAUUCCUGUAACUCUAUUUUUAAUGCCUGUCUGAUCAUUAUGUUUUUAAAUUGAUCAUUUAAAUACUUAAACCUGCUGCAACUGAUAGUUAUAUACUUAAUAGUCUUUGGAUUUAACUCAAUACAGUGUUGAAGUUAAAUACCUCUAGACACUUUCAGAAAUCAUAAUCACAAAGUAGAAAUAUAUUGCUUUUUUUGGCGAUUUUUCUUUCAUUAUCAUAUAUAAAUUGGUGUGAACAGAUGAAUAAGAUGUCUUAAAUUGCAUUUCGGCAGGUGAAAAGGCGAGAUUUUAGCAAUUCUCUAUUCAAGCGCCUUGUCCGGUAUAUACCGGAAUACAGUAUUUAUUAUUGUGGUGCUCCAACACUUUUUUAAACCUCACUCACUCUUAGCCUUUACCACCAGUAAAGAGCCAGGCUAGCCUGAUGUCUGCUAUUCAGGCUCUAUGCUGUUACAAGCUUCAUUUUUAAAUUUCCAUUCUGGAAUCCCUUCAAUUUUAAAUGAACUGUUCCAAAAUUCAAAACAGGGCAACUCCAUUACACAAAAGCAGGUACAUUUUUGUAAAGGGCAUAUAUAGUCACCUAAGUGCAGUAACAGGUUAACUCUUACAAUAUUAUAUAAUGAGUUAAACUGUUACUGCACUAAAGUGACGAUAAUCGUUAAAGUUUUAAAUAACUAUUUUUCUUGUUAGAGAUUGGUACAUAUUUUCAUAUAUUACCAUUAGCUUAAUCAUCUCUUAGUCAUUUGGCAAAUCAGAUUUACAUCAAGUCUUUGUGCUAAUAAUGUUGUGAUAUUUAUCUUUACAUAGGCAAAAAAGUCCAUUGUAACAGUAAACUUGUUUUUUGUUGUUUUUUUCAACCUGUUACAUUUUAUGCAGGAUUUUUAUCUUUUUACCUUGGCUUAAAAAAAGCAAAGAAAGUGAGGGGUUAGCUACUUAAUGUAUGUGUCGAAAUGUGAGAGUUAUUUUAUCUUUGAUAAAAGGGUUUAAAAAAAUAAAACAAAAAGUAAGCCAACAUUUAGUUUUCUCAUAUUCUAUUGCUUUUUUUUCUUUCUAUACCAAACAGAGUGGCAUGCAAACAUAAGACAGAACAUUAUUGAAUAAAUUUACAGUAGUCACAUGGAUGCUGUAAUUGUUCAUUAAAAGCAAACAGGGUCGGACCACACAUUAAAACUACAUUAUAGUUGGCUAUUACGGUCAUAAUGAUGUAUCAAAGAGUAAGAUUUAGGGUUUCCUUGUUUUUUGUAAGAGAUUGUCAAUUAUUACAAACCUGUGCUGAUUUUGUGACUCAAUAAAAAUUGUAUUAGACGGAUGUGCAUAUAUUUUGACAUGAUGUCAUAUACGUUAUACAAACAUUAGUGUAAAGAUGUGCUAAAUUUAAGUGUUACACUAGAGGCGUGUCAAUGAAAAAUGAUUCUUUUACAUAAUUUUUAAACAGUUUUAUUUUGGCUAUGUGCUUAAUAGAAUGUUAUAUUUGUGUAGGUUCAUUACUGAUUUUAUUGAAGUCAUUGAAUAAAAUAAUAUUUUGCUUGCCAGAGGCUCCCCAUAAUAAAAUUUUAUUCAACUGGUUCAAUAAAUUCGGUAGUGAACUUACACUCAUUCAAUAUCCUCUAUAGUUAUAGGUUAGAUUUGAUCUUUCAUUCCCAAAUUUGUGAUGGAGAACCAAAAAACUAAUAACUAAUAAGAAUUAAUUGCUAAAUGAAUUUUGUCUAUUUUUAAUGAAAAAUUAAUUGAAAGUUAUUUAUGACUAAUGAAAUAUUUUGUAAGUUUUAUAAUCUUCAGUGCCAUACAGUAAAUUUUUAUCUAAAGCUGAAAGAUCGAUAUUUUUUUAUAUUUCACUUGUUAAUGAUAUCACUAACUAGUUUUAUAUGUAAAAUGAUGAAGCGGCCAAUAAAUGAAUAUUUUUAUAAGUUAAAUUGUUGAAAUUAAAUAUAGGAAAUGCGGUGCUUUUUAAGAUCUUAUAUACUGUUCUAAGUGAAGUGCUACAGAUGAAAAUUCCUAGAGUUGAAACAUGUAUAUCUAUUAAAAAAAAAUAUAAUUUAAGUUUAUAUUCAACAUCUGAUGUGAAAAUAUUGAUAUAGAAAUUUGUUUCUGGGAAGGAACUCUGAGGUUCUAUUUAAUAGAAAUAUGAAGAGAAAUCUACCGGAGGUGUGAUAUUCACUGGAAUGUAUUUUCAAUCUGUUACUAGAUUAACAAAUUUAUUUUCUGAGCUGUGUUAUCAUUUGCCAUGCUUUAACAUUGUUAAGGGAUUUGUUAUGUAAUUAUAUAAUUCUAGCAUAAACCUUUUAAGGAUUUUGCAAUAAAAUUGAACAAAAGAAUAUUAUAUAUGAUAAUAAAGGUUAUAUAGAUUUCAAAAUAAACCAACAUUGACAUUUUGGUGUUCUUUUUUGUGAUGAGCAACAUUUCUUUAUGCCAUGACAUUUUAAUGCAUGCAGAUCAAAUUUCUAUUUUUUUAAAUGAUUACAAAAAUGUACAAUAAAAUCAGUUUCUUGAUUUUUAUGUUACAUUGUUCUAUAAUUUUUUUUUGGUCAGAUUAUAUUAACAAAAUUAUAUACUAUGUACAAUAAUAAGUGUAUUAUAUACAUUUAUGUAUAAUUUAAGCUGUCAGAUAUGUUAUUGUGUUGUGUAGGUAAUUAAUAAUGUAAUUUGUAUGUUAUAUGUUUCUAUAGUUUUACUGUUAUCUUUAUUUUAUACACUACAGUUCUUACAUUGCCCAUGUUUCAUUCUUUUUAAAGAAACUACAUGUACUUAAAGCAUGAAUCACUUUAUAACUUUGUCAUCCUAUUUUCAUUAAUAUGUUAUCAAUCUUGACAAAACACAUACAUAUAAACUGGAUUUGAAUUUCUCUGUAUGUAUUUCACGUAAUCUGUAGCUCAUUUGUUAAAACUUAAGUUUGAUGAAAAUUAUUUCCAUUUUUGUCAAAGAAAUAUUUUUAGAAGUGUUUUGGUGUAAUAUUGUUACUUCACACGGCACAUUGGCAUGGAAAAAGUUUUUAAAUCUAUAUUUAGCUUAUGAACUGUCAUUGAAUUUUAAUAUUUUAAUGAUAUGUUACUUUAAACAUUGAUUUUGCUAUAACCUUACAGUAUUGCUAUAACUUACACCAAUGCUUUGAAAUACUUCCAUGCCUUCUGUGCAACCUGUUUGAAUUUCAAGGUGUGAAAAGCCAUUUUUUUUCUUUUUGUGCAAUAGUAUCAUAUGUGUGUGUAUGUGGGAGGGGGGUAUUGCCAUUGCAGCCAAUAGAUUUUGGUUUAUUAAUAGAUAUUAUAAUUUAAGAACAAGAACAAACAAUUUUAGCCAAUAGGCUCUGGUAUAUUUAAAAAUUAUUUAUUCGUGGAACAAUGAGCAGCCAUUUUGGCCAAUGGGUGUACGUUUAUUUAUAGAUUGUAUAUUUAUAGAACAAAUGAUAUCUAUUCCAGCCAAUGAGGUUUGAUUUAUUAAUAUAUUAUAUAUUCAUAAAACAAAUGAUGGCCACUCUUGCCAACAGAAAUUGGUUUAUUUAUAAUUUUUUAACAAGAAUCCACCACUGUUAAUGUUAUGUAUAAAUGAUCUAUUUAUAGAACACAUUUGACAUGGAGUAUUUCAGGGCAUGGACUUUGUUUGUUUUCUCAGGUAGUCAUGCUUCAAUUUUUUGUAUGAAAAAAAUGCUUUAUCUAUGUGUCUGAACAGUCCUUUUAUAUACCUCAAGUUUCCAGUUUCCUUUACUUAAAAACCCUUUCUUAGUUCUUAGCUGGAUUACUGAUACAUAUCAGUAACCCAGUUAUAUGUAUCAGUUAUCCAGUUAUUACAUAUCAGUUACCCAGUUAGUAUAUAUGUUUUAAUCCUUACUAUUUGUAUAUGUAUAUUUUGCUGAUUUUCUUGUGACAUUCCAAGGGGGGUAAUUAUGUUGUCAUGUAAUGUCAUGUUUUCAAAGAUGCAAUAUUUUCUUAGUGUAUACACAUUUAUUUUAGAUUGUGUUGUAAGCUAUAAGCUUACUGAAACACUCUCAAAUCCAGUCCUGGAACCAACCAGUACUAAGCAAUGAGUGUAAAGUUUAUUGCUCAUGGAAACAAUGGCUUGCCCCUGAUGGGGUUUGAACCCAUGCGGCCAAAAAUCUUUAGAUUACUAGUUCAACAGGUUAACCAUUCAGCCAUGCUGCCAAUUAAUAUUCUCUUAGCAUUUGUUGUAAUGCAGCAUAAAAAACUAGUUAUUCUAGCUCUCAAAACAGAUUUUUAAUUGUUUAGAAUGUGACAAUAAAAAUUGGUGCUAUUAAAGAAUGCAAUAGCCAUGUCUCUAUAUAAUUAUAUUAUUAAAUAUUUAAGGGUGGUCUUAUCAAAUGAGGAACCUUGAAAAAAACAAUGUUGUUAUUAUUGUUGAUUUUAAAUGUGUGGGUGAAUUUAAAUUUAGAAUUUUAAGUUUUCAACAAUCAAGUAAAGACCAUUUAGAUACUAACAGACUGCUAAAUUCUUACCCCAGUAGGUCUUUAUUUCUGUUAUUUACACUGAUAACUUCGGACAAAAAAUAUGCCGUUUCACUUUGAUCAACUUGAUUUUGCAAUCAAAGCUGAAAUAAAUAUGUUUAAAAUAAUAUUUUGUAUGUAAAAGCAAAGAAAAUAUUGCUGAAGUGAACAUAAUGCACAUUCAAUAUAGGCUUUAAACAUGUCAAUCAUAUUCAGUAUAACAUUUUAAUGUAGAAAUCAUUUGGAAUACAGGGUUACAAAAUGUGAGCAUGUUAUUAAAAGUAUAUACAUGUACUGAGGGAAUAUGAUAAAGUCAUAUACUUUUAGAAUGUAAUUAUAUUUUGUAUAGUGAAAAUUGAGAUUAUAAUUUCCAAAAUGUAUUUUUAAAGCAGAAGAACAAAGAGUAAAGUUAUUUUUAGACAUUUAGGUAAUGAUGUAAAAUUAGAUACAAACAUAUACUCCCGUGUUUUCUGUCCUCUUGCUUUUGUUUAUUUUUGUGUUAUUUAUUUUUUGUAUUUAUCAAUAUUUACAGGCUUUCUGUUACUGCAUUAGAGAUUUGUGUUUUCACAUCCUUAAAGGAGCUCCACUGAGGUAAAAAAAACCUAUAAAUAAAAUAAAAUUUGAUAUUUUUGCACAGAUCAAGUGUUGCUUAUCUGCAACAAAUAUUCUUCGAGUUAAUUUGAAAAUCUUAUUUAUUUUUUUUGCAUGAUUUUAGCCAGGUUUGAGAGAUUAGCAUUGCAAUGAUUUUCAAUGUUUGGUAAUUUUCCACAAUAAAAACGAUUAUUCUUAGAAAACAAAGCAAAAUAACGAUAUGAAAUUUUGCACACAAUUUAUGUAAGUUCAGACCUACAUCAAAUGGAACAUUAAUCUCCAAAAUAUAUUUCCAGUCCCUUCAUGUAAAAAAAACCAAAGUGGAGUCCCUUUAAUGUAUUGUAACAUAUAUUGUAGAAGUUGAUUUUUAAUAUGUUAUUUUGAUUUGAUUUUAUGCUUUAAAUUUUUAUAUUUAUUUUACCAUUUGCCUGCUGGUAGCAGAUGAUUACAUCCAUGCCACCAGUGCAGACCCAAGACCAGUGGUAACAUCCAUGCUGUCUGAUCAUGGUUUGCACUGUUUGGCAUUAGUAAAAUUUUACCCAAAAAUGAUAAAUGGUUUGGUCCAGAAUGAUAAAAGGACAAGACCGUUUAAGAUAUAAAUUCUGUGUUGUUAAGGUCAAUUAGGGUUAUUUUUCAUUUAGAUCAAUGAAAAAAAGACCCAUCAAGUUAAGAUUUCCACAAGUUUUUUUUGUGUGGAUAUUUAACAUGAAUAGUUGUACUGUAGCUUUACUUUUACAUAUCUUUUUAUUUGUGUGCCCUAAACUGUCCCUUAUUUUAAUUUCUAUUAUUAACUUAUAUUCAUCUUUAUACAUUUUCCUGUCAUUAUUCAUUAUCAGAUUAAAUUUAUGACAUCAUCAUAUGAUUGGGUGCUUUAAUAACUAGCAUUUCUUAUUUAAGGCAUUCUGCCUCUUGACAGAUAAAAAUUUGCAUGUAUAUAGUAAAGAAUAUUUUGUUAAAGACAUACUAUGACCAUUUUUUCAUAAUAUCAGCAUUGUUAACAAGUGUUUUAUGAGUCAAACUUAAAGCUGAACUACAUGUAUAUUUAAACUGCUGAACAAAGUUUGAUUAAAAGACAAAAAGAAAAUUGAAUUUUUUGAUGACUCUUUAUAAAGCUAUGUGACAUAUAAAAAUGUAUAGUUUAUAAUUUAUUUUUUGGUUAUUCUACUUAAGACCCCACAGGUCUCAGGUAUUUGAUUGGUCAGAAACUGCCUCAUAAUGUUCUUUGACCAAUGAAAAUCUAGAGUUUUGAGAAAGAACUUAGAAAAAGUUUUAUAAUAUGGAUGCCAUUCUAGUUGUUUGUUAUAUGAAGAGGACUUAAAAGGAAUUGGUAAAAGUUUUGUUAACUUGCUUUUCAAGCAAUGUAAUUCGCAUUAUGAAUCUAAAAAUAACAUAAAUUUUCUGUUCCAGUAUACAAGGUUUAUUAUCCCUUAAAUGAUCAGAAAACUGGAAGCAAAUGUUUUUGUCUGUUUUUGCAACAUAACAAUUAGAGAUUGUAAUUAUUAAAUUGUUAUUAACUUGAUUUUUCUUGUUAACUAAGUUGCAUUGGGGGCUCAAGAUGUUACUGUUAUAUUCAAGUUAAGUUCACAAAGAUUUAAUUACUGAUAUAAAUAUACGGAGUUAAAAUUAGAUAAAUUUUAUUUUUUGCGAAAAGCUAGAAAAUUUCAGCAUACAUUAUGGGUAUUCAUCAUUUUACAUGACAUACAUGUUAUAGUUAAUGUUUUGGUAACUAGUUAUUAUUAUUGUAUUGACGUGAACUAUUUAAAUGGUGUUUUAUUUUCAUUGCCAGUCUUUAUGCUUAGUGAUAUUUUUGUAGAUUAAAUGUGAAAAGAUGUA